AUGACGCCAUUCCCUCGCGCCCUCCCGUUCCCCCUCCCCGUCCCCCCGCGCCUUGCCCUCGUCGCCCUCCUCGCGCUCCUCCGCCAGGCGAAAACCUACACCGAGCCGCCGAUCCCCGACGGGUGCAUCGCGGAGAUAGCGGAGGUCGACCGGGAGGCCAUGCGCGCGGUGUACGCGGCGCUUCCGGAGAGGUUGUUAUUCUGGCACGACGGCAUUCCGCAGUACAAGCUAUUCGACGACAGCCACAACGUCUCCUACUGCUGCGUCGCGCCCAAGCCCGCUGGUGUGUCGUGCUACCUCUGGUGCCCGCUCGAGUGCACGCCCGCCGGUCGCAUCACGCGCAUCUACUCCGAACCGAGCCGCGAAGAUAUGCCCGUGCAGAGCGGGAGCGGAGGGAGCUGCCCACCCGGCGCGCUGUCGCCCGCCAUUGGCAAUCUCGCGGAGCUCUCCUCGCUGGUCUUCCGCCACUCGUGCCUCACCGGCGACCUGCCGGACUCCGUCACGCGCCUCCAGAAGCUGACGGAAUUUCAAUUGCCCGAAAAUAACUUCUCCGGGCCCAUUCCGCCGGGCCUCUUCCGCCUGCCCGCGCUCGGCCACGUGGACCUCUGCAUGAUUAGUCCCUACCCGUACUUUGAAGUUGAAUCUGAAGGCCUUUCGGGGUCCCUUCCCAACGGGCUCGACGUGUACUCCCCGUCACUGGAAACGGUCAUCCUCAUUACCGCGCUCAUCCUGCGCAACAAUGGCCUGUCCGGCGCUAUUCCGCCCCCGCUGGCGGAGAUGAGUGCGCUACAAAACCUCGACCUAGGGGAGAACCGCCUAUCCGGUGCGGUGCCUGCGGCGCUGCGCGACUCCGAAUCGCUCAAAGCGCUCGACGAGGUGCGGCUCGACGACAACGCGCUCACCGGGCCUUUCUGCGAUGCGCUGCUGCCGGCGCGCGAGCUCUGGCUGGGCUUCAACGACCUGGGCGGCUCGACCGCCAGGAGCAGCGCUAGCGCCACCGGCGGCGGCGGAGGGGGCGGCGGAGGUGAGGAGGAGGAGGAGGGGGGCUCUCUGCACGGCUGGCCCUCCAUGGGUGGCUUGGGCAGGAUCAUCCAGAUCGACCUGAGCCACAACAGCCUCUCGGGCAACCUGAAAGCUUUCACGGUGCUUUCGUCUGGGAGUUUGGAUCUGUCGCACAACUUCUUCUUCGGCGGUAUUCCCGAGACGUUUUUCAGCGGCGUCUUCUCAUGCGCGGACCUGCGGUUAAAUGAGCUGUCAAGGCCGCUGUUUGACACGCGCCGAGAGGCAUGCAAUUACGACUGGGACGUGCUGCGCGUGAGCGGCAACAACGCGCGCAUGGCGGGCACCGAAAGCGCGGGGUACCUCCCCGUGCCGGCGCCGGGCGUGCACACGUCCGCUGCAGAGACUGAGGCGCUCCUGGCCGUGCGCGAUGCGCUCCUGGGGGAAGCAGCGGAGGGAACGGUGUUGGCGGAUGGCGAAAGCAGCUCGUGGGCGGAGAUACUGCACAGCUGGGUCGCGAGCAGCAGCAGCGCGUGUGCGUGGUACGGCGUGGGAUGCACAGCAGACGGACACGUGCACACGCUGCACCUGAUAGGCAACACUUACGACUUUUUGCACCACGACGUGGUCCCAAAAACUCCCCCUUGCGAAUACGACCAGUACGGAUUCAAGACGUGCGGGCACGCGGAUAUGGCGCCUCUUUGCAAAUUGCGGUUCUUCCUGCGGGGCCUUCCUGGCGGCAGCUCGAACAGCAAUGCGAGCGGGAGUCUGUCGGAGGCGUUGGGGCAGCUGACGCACCUCACCUCGCUGCGAAUCUCCGGGUACGUUCUCUCCGGCGGCCUGCCGCCAUCCCUCUCGCGCCUCUCACGACUCGUAGCGCUCGACCUCUCCUCCAACCGCCACCUCUCCGGUUCCAUCCCCCCCGCCCUCUUCACUCUCCCCUGGCUGCGAGAGCUCACCCUCCGCGAGAACAACCUCACAGGAGAGGUCCUCCCGACCACCACUGCAGCAGCAGCAUCAGCAGCCGCCGCACUGUCGCCGAGCUUGGAGAGUCUAGACGGGGACGUCUCUGCACUCGCUGCCGCCUUCCCCCCCCCUGCUGCUGCUGCUGCUGCCUCCAGUGCACCUGUCCUGUGGGGCCUUCGCGGGGUGUUCCCACUGCUGACCCGUGUGCACGUCAGCAGCAAUGAGGUCUCGGGCGACGCAGCCGGGCUCUUCCCUCUCUCCCAAGGACUCCUCAUGCUCAACUUGUCGAACAAACGCCUCACGUGGGGCCCCGGCAGCAACGCCUCCUGGCACGGCUACUGCCUGGACCUCUCACACAACCGCAUCAUCACCCCAUUGCAGGACCUCUUUGGGAAUGACGACGGCCUCUGGUCGACAGUGCUGCUCUUGUCACACAACCAGCUCUCGGGACCCAUCCCUGCCACGCUCCUGCGAGACAAAGUGCAAGGACAUCUGGACCUCUCCCACAACCUGCUCACAGGUUCAAUUCCUGCCAUUGACAAUUUAUACUCCAUGAAGACGCUCGACCUGUCGUACAACCAGCUCUCCGGCACCAUUCCCAAGCUGGAUGGCUCCCUGAUAACAUGUGACUUGUCCCACAACCAGCUAUCCGGGAAAGUCCCGCCGGCGCCACCUGCAUUGAUGCAUCUAAACGUGAGCUGGAACCAGCUUGACGGGUUUGCCCGGUGGCAGUACCAAGAGGGUACGGGGUUGAGAAUUCUGGACGCGUCUCACAAUGCCAUGGCUGGAAAUCUGCCGGAUUUGGGCAACAGUGAUGGGCUUAUGAGCCUGAAUCAUCUGGACCUCUCCUACAAUGCGUUUACUGGCACUCUUGCAGAAAAGACUUAUCCGUUCUUGGAGCAAGCGACAAGCUCUACAGGAAGUGUGCAAAGUAGGUGCGGGGUAGUGGUUCGACUGAGCCACAAUAGGCUCACUGGAAGCAUCCCUACUUUCGUCUUCUCCUCGUGCCCCAUACUGAUCGACCUCUCACACAACCAGUUCUCUGGCCCCAUCCCAGUCCCUCCCCAAGGGAACAGCCAGAGCUUCUCACUCGAGUUUUUCUCCCACUUGGACCUCUCUUCCAACAAGCUCACAGGAAGCAUCUCUGAUGCUCUUGUCACCGGCCUCACAGCCCUAUCCCACUUGGAUCUCUCCGACAACCUGCUCUCGGGCUCGCUGCCCUGCUCCCUCGCUGCUGUCCCCCCCCUCACCCAUCUGGACCUCUCUCGCAACAAGCUCAAAGGCUCCCUACCUGCCUUCUGCCAGGGCAAGCAGCGCCUCGCCUCUCUCCUCCUCUCCUCCAACGCUUUCUCCGGCCCCCUCUCCUCCCUCCUCCCCUCCUCCUCCUCCUGCGCCUCCUCCCUGCUCUCCCUCAACGUCUCCACCAACCAGCUCUCCGGCUCGCUCCCCUCGUCCCUCUCGCGCUUCACCGCUCUGCACUCCUUACUAGCGGCGCGCAACCGCAUGAGCGACAGCAUCCCUGUAGGGCUGGCGUCCCUGAAGGCCCUGCAGGAGCUGGACAUGUCGUGGAGCGGGCUGUCAGGCACCAUCCCUGCGCUGCUGCGUGCUGCUGCCCCCUCCCUGCAAGUGCACCUCGCUGGCAACGCCCUCUCUGGCUCUGUGGCCCCCCUCUCUCUCCGACCUGCCCACCUCCUGCUUCCGCCCCGGCAACCCCAAGCUCUGUGGGAAGCCCCUGCCUGA